UCCUGCCCACUGUCACAGAUUAUGCUGAUUGUCUGGGAAUCAAACAAAGCUCCAGACCCAAGAUGAAGGCAGAGGUUUCAAAAGCCAAAAUCAUUCUCCAUAUUGUUUUGCUUGUGUCUCUUGGUUUUUUCAACUCAGGUGGAGUGUUGGCGGUAAAUAUGACUAUCCCCAACACUCUCAUCAGAGGAAGUGUAGGAGGGGAGGCCCUUCUGUCCGUCAGAUAUAUGAGUUUCAGCCUUGACCUACCUGUCAUCAAAUGGCAGCUGAAGAAGGAGAAGUCUGUUACUGUUGUCCAGUCAAUUGGAACUGACAUCAUUGGGACUUUGAGGCCUGAAUAUCGUGACCGAAUCCUGGUAUUUGAGAAUGGAACUCUGCUUCUCCACAACCUCAGACUGUCUGAUGAUGGAAUAUAUGAUGUAGAGAUCUCCAUCACAGAUGACAUCUUUACAGGAGAAGGCAGCAUUACACUUACUGUGGAUGAGCCUAUAACCAGGCCUUACAUCCACAUGGAGGCCUCGUCAGUGCUGGAACUCACUGAAAAUGUUGUCCUCAACUGCUCCCAUGACAAUGGAACCAGGACUACAUAUAAGUGGUUUAAAGGCAGAAAACAGCUAACCAAUGAGACAAGAUUUGUGAUGUCACCUGACCAGAAGCUCUUGACCAUCAUACGGGUGCUGAUGGCAGAUGACGACAUAUACACCUGCAUAGUGGAGAAUCCAGUGGGGAACAUGACGAGCCUUCCCAUCAGACUGACUGUUUACAGAAGAAGUUCACUCUACAUCAUCCUGUCUACUGGAGGCAUCUUCCUCCUUGUCACCCUUGUUACAGUAUGUGCCUGCUGGACACCUUCCAAAAAAUCACGACAACCACCCAGAAAGCCUCUCUCCAGAUUGUAUAAUCACUCUCAUCCUUCACCAAUCAGUCACAGAGAUGAUGUGCUUCUGAAAAUGUCAGAACACAAUGGAAAGACUGCAGUAACAUCACUUUACGUCCUGCAACAGAAGAUUCCCCACAUGGAUGAUUCAUCAAGCAACAGGAGUGGAUCUCCAUCUGACUCCACCAUGUAUUACAGCAGUUCCCCCAACCACACUAUUUCUCUUUGCCAGGUCACGACUCCACCUUCUUGCUCUUCCCACAGGUGCACCUGAAAAUACAUUUGUCUACCAUGACAGCAUUCUGGAGAUCAGAUCUUUGCACUUUGCACUCUAUACUAUCAGCAUUAACUCAGUCAUCACACACCUUCAAGGCCCCUCUCUCCCCCUCCUCUCUGUUCACCACUGAAACUUAGUCUUUACCAACAGCAACACAGGAACAUUUACAUUAAAAUAAUUGAAACACCAAGUAAAAGACAAGUUUUAUGCAUAUGACUCAUUGCCGUGUUAAAACCCUUUGUCUUAAAAAUGACUCUUGUUUAGCUAUUCUCCACCCAUUUUGAAUUUAGUUUUCAGUGUGGAGUUUAUUCUUUACAAAUGGUCACUUAUGCUCAUGAUCAAUAAGAGAACCACUUAAUUGCUCAUUUCAAACACAGGUUUUACAAUAACACAUUGAUUUCCCUCAUUUAUUAAUUCACUGAUACACUAAGCAAAUGCUCCACUGUAUCCUCACAAAUCAUUACACUUAAAGGAUCAUUGUGGAUUUUUGACAUUUUUUUAAUGGCUAAUAAAAUGUGUGGAAAGACAAGACACCACAGACUAUGUGGGAUCUCCUCAUUGAGCUUUUCCUUUAGUUGUUCCACUGAUCUGUGAUGUAAAUGCGAAAAAUGUGAAAUUACUUUUUUUUUAAAUUUUAUUUUCACAUUACAUACCAUUAAAUACCUGACAAAGGACUAUUGAUGAAUCACAAAAAUAAAUAGCACUAAGGAAAAAAAAAACCCCUCUUCUCUUAACAGAACAGGGUCAACUACAUAAGAUCAUGUUCCACUCAACAUAUCAACGUCCUCAUACCAUAUGACUCAAACACCCAAUUAUCAUGUAACAAAAUUCCAUCUUUGAGCAAAAAUCUUCUCUCUGUUUAAGCCUCUGUGUCCACUGAGCUAUAGUGUGUGGUUUUGUUUCCUUCCAGUUCACUGUUACCAUUUUUUAGCAAUAAGUAAGAGUAUCAGCAGCAUGUACCUGUGGUCCAUGUUGGUUACAGUAACGGGAAAAAGUUUAUGGGCAUCCUCAAAAUUGUACAGUCUCUGAUAUUACCAUGAUAUAUUUGCAAUCUUUUUAUGUUUGAAAAGGUGUGGCUGCAUCAGACAGACACAAACAAAUGCAAAUGAUUUUUUCAUUUAUUGUCAACCCCUUACUGCUGAAAUUUUUAACGUUAGAAUUUUUUAGAUACAUUGUUACCUUGAAUAAAGCCCAUACAAUAGCUAUGAAAUUGGCAGAUGACAUAAGGCAUAAUUGGCAUAAUAGUAAUUAAACAAAUUUUCCAGUCUUAGGUAUGUUGAUUAUUUUAUUAAUGGUACAAUUGAUCAUUUUCUCCGAUCAACAAUCUAAACAA